GGGCUCAUUCAAGGCAGGGCUGAAAAUGUCACACCUUUCCCUGGGAGCCUAGCCCCAUUGCCAGGAAAGGUGAGCUCAGAAGAAGACUUCUGAGGCAGAGUGAGUGUCGGAGAAGGCGGGGACUUUCCCCUUACUUCCCCAGUUCCCUGGGCCCACCCCCAGAACUGGUUUCUAAAGGGGUACCUUAAAUGCCAGUUCGUCGGGCUGGGCAUAAGCCAGGCCCGGCAGCUCAUUUCCAUGGGAGGAGGGCAGUUUCUCUUCACCAGUCUGCCAGUCCUUCCUCCCCGCCCUCUUUCCACUUCUGCCUUACCCAAUCCAACCUCUCCUUUAGAGUCAGACUGCUCUCCAGCUGAUCUCAUACAAACACCCCAGACCUCCAGCAGCUCCAGGAGUCAAAAACACCAGCAGUGGACCGAGGUCCUACAGCUGCCUGCAGCCAUGUUGGCCUUCAGUCUGCUCGUGCUGGGUCUGCUCGCGGAAGUGGCACCUGCCAGCUGUCAACAAGGUCUAGGAAACCUUCAGCCCUGGAUGCAAGGCCUCAUUGCUGUCGCUGUGUUCUUGGUCCUUGUUGCAAUCGUCUUCGCCGUCAACCACUUCUGGUGCCAGGAGGAGCCGGAGCCUGGGAGCACAGUGAUGAUCAUUGGAAACAAGGCAGAUGGGGUCCUGGUGGGAAUGGAUGGCAGAUACUCCUCAAUGGCAUCUGGUUUUAGGUCCAGCGAGCACAAGAAUGCCUACGAGAAUGUUCUGGAGGAAGAGGGCAGGGUCCGCAGCACACCCAUGUGACAAGCUUCUCUGUGGCCCUAGUCCCCAGGCUACAGGGAACAUAGAGUUGAUCCCCACCAUCUCACCCAGCCACUGCUCUACAGGAAUCUACUGAAACAAGCUGACUCCCUCACCUCUCUAGAAUCACAGUCAUCUCAGGCCAGGACUCAGACCAAGCCCAGCACACCAUGUGCUGUGACCCUGGGCUUUCCUGGGUCUUCUACCCAGUUCUGAGGAGCCUUGUGAAGGGUGGCUCAGCUCCUCCCCUCCCCUUGCUCCUGCAACUAUGGAAGUGGCUCUUAUUUCUGUGAAAUAAAGACUUUUUAUACUUCUGGGAUGGAGACUCUGACCCAGCUUCCAGGCUCUA